AUGCUCCUCGCAGUGCGCGCCUCGAAGCUCCCCCAGCGCGUGGGCAUUGCUCGCGCAGUUCGCGUGCUCUCAACCAGCGCGCGCCCUGUUCCCGGUGUUGUUGGAGUAACCCCAAGCGGCGACAUCACCUCGGAGGACGUCGUUGCGGCGCAGGCGGCGUGGUCCAACGCCAUCACCGGCAUCACCAAGGUGUACCAGGAGGGAGGCGACUUCGUCGCGGCCGCUGGGUACUGCGCGGGCGAGCUGUACGGCUAUGGCCACUCCAACGUGCUCUUCAAGCCAACCAGGGCGACGAACAACCCGUUUCGCCCGACGGGCGAGGACGCGAUGGCCUACUUUGUGGGCGCAGAGGCGAUGAAGAACGACAAGUUCAAGGGCGAGGACGGUGGCUUCGCCAUCAACGGCGGACAGGGCUGGUCCGAGGUGGUGUUCCGCAACCACCAGAUCGAUUGCAACGGCAACACGGCUAUCGCUAUGGGCGACUACCUGUUCACGAACGCGACCACUGGCGACAAGGGACGCGUCGAGUACACCUUCGGCUACAAGAAGAACGAUGACGGCAAGAUGCGGAUUUUCCUGCACCACUCGUCUAUGCCGUACGAGCCCACCGCGGCGGCAUCCGCGACCGCGGAGCCAGUUGAGGAGGCUCUGUCGAUGUGGGCCGAGUCGAUCGCCAAGCAAGAUGCUCUCCUUCGCGACGCACGCGUCCGCGUCAGCGGGAUGAGCAAGCCCUAG